UCUGAUGUGAAUUAAUUGUUGCAGGUGUAUUCUUAAUUCCCUACGUAAUUAUAAUGGUAAUAUGUGGAGUACCACUACUAUAUUUGGAAUUAGCUGUUGGUCAAUUUACAGGUCGGGGUCCUAUAGGAGCACUCGGACAGCUUUGUCCUUUAUUCAAAGGAGCUGGUUUGGCAAGUGUUGUAAUCUCGUUUUUAAUGUCGACCUACUACAGUGUCAUUAUCGCCUACUCAAUAUACUAUUUUUUCACCGCGUUUAAACCAACCCUGCCCUGGGAAGAAUGCUCAAGUUUGUGGAACCUUCAAGAUUGCUGGAUUCCCGCGAAACUCAAUCAGAACAUAACGAAAUCGCCUAACAGUCGUACACCUGCCGAGCUGUUUUUUGACCGGAAGGUGUUACAAAUAAGCAAAGGAAUCGAGUAUGUGGACUCGCUUCGCUGGGAACUGGUGGCAUGUCUGCUCUGUGCGUGGUUCCUCGUAUAUUUUGCAAUCUGGAAGAGCAUAAAAUCAUCAGCAAAAGUUCGAUACUUCACUGCCACAUUGCCAUUUAUACUCAUAAUUGCGUUUCUGGUUAAAUCGCUUACAUUAGAGGGGGCUAACAAGGGAAUGCAGUAUUUCUUUCGACCCAAGUGGGAGUUGUUAGGUCAAGCUCAAGUGUGGGUCAACGCAGCUGCUCAAACGUUUAACUCGAUGGGAAUCGCGUUCGGCUCCAUGAUUUCAUUUGCAAGUUACAACCGCUUCAGCAACAACAUUUUGCACGACACGCUUGCCGUAUCAUUCGUUAACGCCGUUACAAGUUUGUUGGUCGGGAUCUUUGCAUUUGCCACCAUUGGGAAUAUCGCAACCGAACAAAACACUUCAGUUGAGAACGUUAUAGCCGAUGGACCUGGACUCAUAUUCUAUGUCUACCCUCAGAUGAUGGCCAAAAUGCCCGCAGCGCGUAUUUGGACUGCACUUUUCUUCUUUAUGCUCCUAUGUCUAGGACUGAACAGCCAAUUUGCUAUAGUCGAAGUAGUAGUCACCUCCAUCCAAGAUGGCUUUCCUGCAAUGAUCAAAAAGCGGCUUCUUUGUCAUGAAAUGUUAGUGCUGGUAGUAUGCGUCGUGUCAUUUCUCUGCGGAUUACCAAACGUUACAAACGGUGGUAUUUACUUCUUUCAACUCAUUGACCACUAUGCCGCCUCCAUAUCAAUAAUGUACCUGGCAUUCUUCGAAAUAAUAGCUGUGGCGUGGGUGUACGGAGUGCGACGAAUUUCAAAAAAUGUAGAAAGUAUGACGGGUCGAGCUCCGAGUCUCUACUUCAAAUUUUGUUGGGUAAUAGCGGCACCCUUGCUCAUAUUUGCGGUGUGGAUCUUCUGCCUAAUAGAUUACGAGGCACCAACUUACAACAAAGGACAGUAUCACUAUCCUGUAUGGGCCGUUGUAUUAGGCUGGCUUAUUUCCUCAUUGUCAAUUCUUUGCAUUCCAUUGUACGCAAUAUACAUAUUCGCCAAACAACGGGGGACGACCUUCUUAGACAAACUGAGGCAGUCCAUGCAGUCAAAUUUGUAUGAGUGCGAAAAAUGCGGAGAACACUUCUGCGACCAUCCCGAUGAGAUCCGUGGGCACGAGGUGCAACCGAUGCUAGUACUGAAGAAUUCCGAAAGACCAAUCGGUAAUGGAAUACAUUUUGAUGCUAUGAACUACUCGUCAGCGUCAAAUACUCCACUAACACGCAGUCCAAUUACCACACGAACUUUACACACACGACUUAUGUUAAGUAAAAGCAAACCGGUAGAUGUCUCAACCACUGUUCCCGCAAGCGAUUGGACUGAAAGUGAAAAGGUAAUUCCUAAGGACGAUUCACCAAAUCCGAGUAGUAUAAGUAAUGAAAUCGAUGAUUGUGUGCCAAGUAGUAGUAAUUCCGAAACCAAGUGAGAUGGAGAUUGAUACCAGUUGUCAGUUUACCUACUUACUUGGUCCUCAUGUGGUGAUCAAAUGUGAUUUUAGUCUUGUAUUACGAUUAUGCGUUGUGUUAGAUCCAAUUAAGCAUUCCUGUAGUUUUAGGCAGUGUACAUUGAAGUAUUAUUUAUUGUUACAUUAACAAAUCAAUAAGAUCAUUAAAGGCAAUACUUGAAUAAU